AUGGCGCGUAACUUUCCAAAACGCAGCCACUCUGGGAUCGGCUCCACAGUCCCCCAGUUCCAGGUUCUGGAUUAUGUUCCAUGGCAGCGGUCCAAGCUGAGAGCCAAGCCAUCUACUCUGCCUCCAAUCCCACAGACUGUGGGCACUAAGAAAAGUGAAAGGAAGACCUGGUCUACCGUCCAGCCAGGGUGGCAAUCCAAGCCUACCUUGUGGAUGACAAGCCAGCCGAGGAAUCCACUAGAGCUGCACAGAGGAAAGUUGGACUCUGGGAAGACACAGGCCACAAUCCGAUUAAUGAGAACAAUGCUCCGGAACCGGCGAACCUCGUACCAGGAGCUCUGCGACCACGAGGACUUCCUCACCAAGCUCUGUGGGGAACUGAUCAAGACCAUCCAGGACACAGAGGACAGCGGGGCCCUGAAAGUGCGGAUGCUGCUGCAGCAGCAGGACGUCUACAUGACCAUCACUGACAUCUUGGAAUACUUCAACAAGAAGAAGCUGCACCAGAUGAAGUGUGAGCUCCAGGAAUGGGAGGAGAAGGAGGAAUUCAAGAUCCAUAACUUGGAGCAACAGGUGGAGCAGCUGGAUGCCCAGAUCGAGAAGGUCCAUGAGCAGGUGAGCUUCAUGAGCACCUACAAGGACCACGAGUACCCCAUCAAGUUGGUACAGGUGGCCAACCUCAUGCACCAGCUGCAGCAGGUGAAGGACAGCCAGUUGGACGAGCUAGAUGAACUCAGUGAGAUGUGCGAGAUGGUCCUGGCGUCUAUGUCCAACCAGAUUCAGAAUAAGAAAAAAAACCUCCUGAGGUCUCUGGUGGUGAAAAUCCAGCGUGCCAAUCAGGAGACUCUCCUGCAGAAGACCUGGAAUACCCGGGUUAUACUGAAAUACAUGGACAAGUUCCGAGAAUUUAUAGACCGUUUUGAGGAGGAAAUACCCAGAUUAAAGGCUGAGACAGAACAGCUGGAAGUUCAGAUGUGGGAACCCCGAGAGAUCGUAUUUGCGGACGUUCUACUUCGGAGAUCCAAGUGCACCCCCGACAUGGACGUCAUCCUCAACAUCCCUGUGGAAGAGCUGCUGCCCUUCUAG